UUCCCGCGCGGCGGCGGCAGGGCGCAGGCGCACGCACGCGGGCGGGCGGUAGGUUCCUGUCAGGUCGCUCUGACGUGUCCGUGCUGCGGCCCGGCCCGGGAGCGGGCGCCGGCAGUACCGAUCCGGUAGCGGUCCUCAGUCCUUGCAGCAGUGCCCCACCAUGUUCAGCGUGGAGAGCGUGGAGCGCGCCGAGCUCGGGGAGAGCCUCCUCACCUGGAUCCAGACAUUUAAUGUUGAGGCACCAUGCCAGACCGUGGAAGAUUUAAUGAAUGGGGUUGUGAUGGCUCAGGUUCUUCAAAAAAUAGAUCCAGCUUACUUUGAUGAAGGUUGGCUGAACAGGAUCAAAACAGAAGUAGGAGAUAACUGGAGGCUAAAGGUAAGCAACCUGAAGAAAAUUUUAAAGGGAAUAUUGGAUUACAACCAUGAGAUUCUAGGGCAACAGAUUAAUGACUUCACCCUUCCUGAUGUUAACCUGAUCGGAGAGCAUGCUGAUACUGCAGAGCUUGGGAGAAUGCUUCAGCUUAUUUUGGGAUGCGCUGUGAACUGUGAACAGAAGCAAGAGUACAUCCAGACCAUAAUGAUGAUGGAAGAAUCGGUUCAACAUGUUGUCAUGACAGCCAUUCAGGAGUUGAUGAGUAAAGAGUCUCCAGUCUCUGGAAACGAUGCUUACAUUGACCUUGAUCGGCAGUUGAAGAAAACUACAGAAGAAUUAAAUGAAGCACUAUCAACAAAAGAAGAAAUUGCCCAGAGAUGUCAUGAAUUAGACAUGCAGGUUGCAGCCCUCCAGGAAGAAAAGAGCAGCUUGCUUGCUGAGAACCAGAUUUUGAUGGAACGUUUAAAUCAAUCUGAUUCUAUUGAAGAUCCCAACAGCCCUGCAGGUCGUAGGCACUUGCAGCUGCAGACGCAACUAGAACAACUCCAAGAAGAAACAUUCAGACUAGAAGCUGCCAAAGAUGACUAUCGAAUACGCUGUGAAGAACUAGAAAAGGAAAUUGCUGAAUUGAGACAACAAACAGAAGAGCUUACUACAUUGGCAGAGGAAGCUCAGUCUUUGAAGGAUGAGAUAGAUGUACUCAGGCAUUCUUCUGAUAAAGUAGCCAAGUUAGAAAGCCAGGUAGAGUCAUACAAAAAGAAAUUGGAAGACCUGGGUGAUUUGCGACGGCAAGUGAAACUCUUAGAAGAGAAGAAUACAAUGUACAUGCAAAAUACUGUGAGCCUGGAAGAAGAACUAAGGAAGGCCAACGCAGCACGCAGUCAGCUGGAAACAUACAAGAGACAGGCAGUUGAACUACAAAACAGGUUAUCUGAAGAAUCCAAGAAAGCUGAUAAAUUAGAUUAUGAAUGCAAACGACUGAAAGAAAAAGUAGACAGCCUCCAAAAAGAAAAAGAUAGAUUAAGAACAGAAAGGGAUUCUUUGAAAGAAACUAUUGAAGAGCUUAGAUGUGUACAAGCUCAGGAGGGACAACUCACCACUACAGGAUUGAUGCCUCUGGGAAGACAAGAGCCUUCAGACAGUUUAGCAGCAGAAAUUGUUACUCCUGAAAUAAAGGAGAAACUUAUUCGCCUUCAGCAUGAGAACAAGAUGUUAAAGUUGAACCAAGAAGGUUCUGACAAUGAAAAGAUUGCCUUGUUGCAGAGCCUUCUUGACGAUGCAAACUUACGGAAGAAUGAACUGGAGACAGAAAACAGAUUGGUAAAUCAGAGACUUCUAGAAGUGCAGUCCCAGGUUGAAGAACUACAGAAGUCUUUGCAGGAUCAAGGUUCAAAAGCUGAAGAUUCAAUUCUUCUGAAAAAGAAGCUUGAAGAACAUCUUGAGAAGCUCCAUGAAGCCAACAAUGAGCUACAGAAGAAACGAGCUAUUAUUGAGGAUUUGGAACCAAGAUGCAAUAACAGUUCACUCAAAAUAGAAGAAUUGCAAGAAGCUUUACGAAAAAAGGAGGAGGAAAUGAAGCAAAUGGAAGAGCGGUACAAAAAGUAUUUGGAAAAGGCCAAAAGCGUCAUCCGCACCUUAGAUCCUAAGCAGAACCAGGGUGCAGCUCCUGAGAUUCAGGCUCUGAAAAAUCAGUUGCAGGAGCGAGACAGAAUGUUUCAUUCCUUGGAGAAAGAAUAUGAAAAAACAAAAAGUCAAAGAGAAAUGGAGGAGAAAUUUAUUGUUAGCGCCUGGUACAAUAUGGGAAUGACUCUGCAUAAAAAAGCAGCAGAAGAUAGACUGGCUAGUACAGGCUCAGGACAGUCCUUCCUGGCUAGACAAAGGCAAGCCACGAGCACAAGGAGAUCUUACCCUGGUCAUGUCCAGCCAGCAACAGCAAGGUAGAGAAGCCUUGCCCUUAGAAAGAAAACUGCCCUGUGAUCCAGGCCACUUCUGUUGCAAGUGACAACAUUCAAGGAAAAUCAACCAGCAUCCCUUCUCUUUCUCCCUUGUUACUGCUAUUAUUUUACAGUCUCCCUUGUUACUGCUAUUAUUUUACAGUUCAGGAAAGGGUUUUAUUAUGGUUUCUCAUUGUUCUGUAAUGCCCUUUGCUUAUAUUUUUCGGAGUCCACCUGUCACUGCAUUUUUUGAAUGUGCCAAAGUUCUGGAAACAUCUAGAGGAGCGCUGUGUAACAACAGUGUCUUGUAUGAAGUCUGGUCUCUUACGAAAAGCCUCAUACGGCUGUGUAACAAUGUAAAUUUCCUGUCACAGUUGAUACAUUUGUGCCUAUAAGGGUUGUUAUGCUUUAUAAGACUGUCUUUGUUCAAAGGGAAUUAGGCAUUUUAUUUCAUGUGCUAACCUGUUGCUUCACAAAAAUGCUGAAAAAACAUCACAGAAAUGCAAAAUUAGUAUAUAAUUUUAUUGUGAACUAUAUUUCCUACUAAAAAACUUAACAAUUGCAAAAAGAAUGACUUUUUUUUUAAAAUCUACAUGCAAAAUUUCCUCUUAUCCUUGGUAUUUAACAGGGAAGCAGGAUAAUUUUUUUCAGGUUUUUCUUUGUCUACUGGUGUAGAUAAGAAAGUUUUGCUGGCAGAGCUGAAUAUUAUCAAAUUGAUUGUUCCACUCUUCUUGGUCAAGUGUAUGCUUAAUAUAUAUUAUAAAAAGAUUGAGAAAUAUUUAGAAUGUUCUAAUAUGUUACUACAUCAUGCAUUUAAGAGAGACAUUAUAUUAUGGGUGAACAGUACCUAAUGGAUCAAGGCCCUGAUUAAUACUAUUGAUAUUAAUGUAAUCCAGUUGUCAUCCCCUACUAAAAGACUUGCUUUUAAUAUAUUGAUUCAGGGUAUAAUUGUAUCAGUUGCCUUACUAAUGGUACCAGUGCCUUCAGGUGAGUUUGUUGCUGACUUUGCUGGAAACUGUCUGUGAUUUGUUGUACUGCCUUUUUUUCAUGUAGCUGGUUAAUUGUACGUCACUCAUAGUAGCACCUUCGUGUUGAUCAGUGGGGUGGAUGGUGGCCCAUACUAUUAAUUUAGAUUCUGUUCCUACAAAGUUCUGGGUUCUUUCCCUAAUUCUGUGCUCUCCCUAUCAUUUGUGUCAAAGAAUUGAUGUACACAGAGGACUGUGCAUUGGUUGAAAAUUUCAUAUACAUGCAUCCUGUGGUGAUUCAGUUUUAAACAUUUUUAAUUUCAGAUUGCACAUUCAGUCUGGUUUGUAAAUUUAUUCUUUUACCUUAUUUUAAUGCCCUCCCAAGUGAAGACUUUUUUUUCAUAAAUCCCUUUAGAGAAAAAACAUGCUAGCAUUUAGUAAUCAACUGAAGAUCUAUGUUAAUUCACAACUUGGGUGGAAUGAGCAAAGGAUAAUUAAAACAAGCACGUCUAGAUCAAAGGAUAAGGAACCAGUGAAUUACACUUUUAGAUAUUGUUUUAUCCUCAAGUACAUAAUCUGUUUUAAUCUAGGCUAAGAAGUUCAUUGAAUAUGCAUCUGAAAAAAUUCAUCAGUUCUGAUUCCUCCAUGCUUUGUAAUGUGUAAAAAGAUGCUGAAGUCAAUGAACUGCAUACAGAUUUGUCUUUUAUUCCUCAUAUUUGGAAACCACUGAUUUUCUAAAAAGUCCCUUUAUGUACUUAGCGUAUGACAUGUCUGGUCUAUGCUUGCAAGAUUAGAUAAAACAGUGAAAGUAUUUUCUUGUGUGCAGAAAGGUAGCAAUGUAAAGGAAGUUUAGGGCAAUUUCUGUAGCUCAGGGGGAGGAUACUAGUUUCGUUGUCUCUUACUGAGAUACAGAAUGCUAAAGGGGCAAGAAGUCAUAUGUGUUACCUAGUAAGAUGACCACUGUUUGUGUGGGACAUCUUUUACUGAUCUUAUUGUGCAAUCAUUCUAGUCAUUUGAAGAACUCUACCGCAUGCCGUGUGUGAACAGGAGCAAAUAAGAUCACUUCUCUGAAGGAAUUUGAUGUUCUUGUUUGAGAACACAGCAUUUUGUAUCACCCAGAGAAAGAAUCUAAGACUACCUAAAACUCCAUUUUUAUUUAAGUCUGGCUGGCUCUGUGUGUUACCAAGCUGCUGUAGCCUAUUUGUGAAGGCAAGGAAUACCAGGACAUUAAUGGAAAGUUUUAUCUCUUAAUUUUGUCUAAUAAUUUAAUUUCCUGUUGCUAUUAAUUAGGUGCAGGUCUAAAAUAACACAAUCUGCACACUAGCAUAAAACUACUUUUAACAUUUGUUUUAUCAUUUUGCCUCCGAAGUUGUGAUGACAGGCAAAUGCCCCUGGCAGUCAGGAGAUGAAUAAAUGCUGACUAGAAGACUCAUUUUUAGCUUUUACUUUCCUCUCUCAUGGCUUCUUUUGCUUCUUGGUUGUGAUUGGCUUUUACCUUCUGCUUUGUGGUUCUGGUUGGUCUUUCCUUUUCCCUUAAUAUAAGACACUGAACUGUUUUCCAUACUUCCCUUCAAGAACUUAUAAUAGCAUUAUAUAGCAUCAAAGAGCAAAACGAGACUAAUAUUGAAUCUGUGCUUUACUGUUGGUCAUAGUAAUAGUUAGGCAAGAUUGAACAAGCAUUUUGGCUUUUGAGAAUUAGCAAACUUAUAGAAACUCUGGUGUUUCCCAGAAUUUAGGCUGAAUAUAAAAAUAUACUCCAGACUUACAGACUGUUGCUAUCCAGUUCCAGGAACUCGUGUUCUAUCUUCUAAUGGUAAUCAUCAGGAAUUUAAUUCCUUGUUCUUCAGCAUUUUACUUCUAUUAUUUGCUACAUACAUCAAUUCUUAAUCUUUGGGUGUGGAUGAAUGCAGGUGGUGAACAUGAUUAAACCCUCUUUCUCACAAGAACAGCUUCUUUAUUGAAAGGGUUCAGCUUCAUUAUUUCCCUCGCUUAUUAUGUAGCUUUGAAAGUAGUGUGGUAUUAAGAAAAAGAGGAUCAGAGUGUGACUUCAGGGAAUAAGCACAUGUAUAGAUGAGCUACCAAUGAAUGUUGUCUAUUUGUUUUAUCUUCAGUAAUAAAAGAAUAUAAGCAAAAAAACCCUGUAAAACAGAAUUCUCUCAGUACUUCAGAUUCUUCUAAGAAGCUUUUAGGAACACUUUUUCUGGGGCAGCAAAUGCUAUUUAUAUCAAACUGUAGUGGUAAUUAUUAAACCAAUGCUAUAUCCUGUCCUGAUACACUACAGAAAAGCUCUACAGAUUGAGGUUAAAGAGAAAAGAUUCUCCAGGGCAGUGGUGAAACAACUGAAGAGUUCAUGAGACUACAUCCCUGAGCACUGUGCCAAGGAUCUGCCCAGAAUAAUCUUUCUGAGAGAUUUUAAUUAAUGCCAAAAAAGAUAACACUUAAAUGGACGAAUACUUCCAUUGUUCAGAGCUGAAGCUUAGUUUCUGGUCUUAAAGGAUGUGUGCGCAGUCCAGUUCAUAUCCUUCCAUGGACUGUGAAUUUGUCAGCAUAUCUGAUCAGACAUUACCAAAAAGAAUAUUCAGGUUCCCCAUUUUCUUGAUAGCAACACGUAACCACUUGGAUCAUAACAUGUACUUUCCAAGUGCUGUGAGACUGAACUAACCUAGUUUAAAGGCUGUGUGUUCCACCCACAGUGCAAAGGAAAAUAAACGACUAGAGCACACAGCUUUAUAUGUUGUAGAAUGAAGUAAAUAUAUAAUGGCUACAAGAUGCUUUUCAUGAUCUCUUUGGAAAUAAGCAAAUGGUAAUCUUGUGCUGUUCUGAUGUCACUUGAGAUAGCGGUAAUGCUUCUGCAAGUUUUCUGUGGGUUUCUAUUAAUGUAAGGAGCACCGGCAAUUUUAUAUUCAUUAUGUAUGAAAGAAUUAACAGUGAAUAUUCCUAUUACUGCAUUAUGAUGAUCUUAAAUAGUAAGUGGUAUGUGCAAGCUGUCAAGAAAAUUUAAGAGGAUUUGGCAAUUUUAAAGUCCUCAGUAUUUUGAAAUGUUCAAGUGGCUUUUGCUUUUCCUCAGUUCUCUAGUAUAUGAGACAAUCCACCUAUCAGCUUCCUGGAUGAUUUUUAGUGGAUUUAAUUGCCUUGAUGCGUUGACAUUUUCUGUAGACUUGGUAAUUGGAAAAUAGUUUAAUUUCACCACUUGAUUUUCUUCUAGUUAACGAUUUGGAGGAGCACUCUCCUGAAUGUGGCUAAUUUUUGGUUUUGUUAUGAAGCAAAACAGCACCUGAAUUCUACUCAUUUUACAGAAAUUUUUAUUCUUGCCCAACAUUUUGACUUUUUGCAAGGAUUGAUGAGGGAGGUAUUUUUUGCACUCAAAGUCAGCUAUACAAUACUGACUUCUUAUGGGUUUUUGCACAUGUGUUUUAGGUAGAAUGUGGACUCUGUGUUUUGCAGUAAUAUUGUAUUGAUAAACUUAAGUAUCUCCAAACAAAGUUUAGCAAGUUUUGCAGGUGUUUUCCUCACUGGUAUUGUGCAAGUAAAUAGCUAAAAGAGGUUACUCUGUCACGAAAUACUUCCAAGGGGUGUGUUUUCCUCUAAGCCAAGUAGUCAUACUUAUGGGGAGUCACCUACAGAGUAGUUCAGUAGCUGGAUUAUGACUGAAAUGUUAUCUCAGGAAAUCAAGCACUGACAAAGAAACCUUUUCAGAAGCUCUUCCUUAGAACAGAUGUAUUAGCUGAUGCUGGCAAUAUGAUACAUUUAGCAUUCUGUUAAAAUGAAGAGAUGUUAAAUGUACGGAUCAGGUAGGCAAGAAAUUCAGUGAAUGAGGUUUUGAACCUUAGAAACUGCACACAGCCCUCCCAAACCAGAGCAGUCCAGCACCCUUCUGUAUUGGCAAGAGCACUGCGUUUUGAUGUGCCUUGCAUCGGGAGAGAGAAGUGAAAUCUUGAGUUAACUCAUAGGUUGGUGUAGGAGCAAGUAACAUACUUGCACUCAGAACAUCUCCACAAGCCAAAUCAUAUUAUUGGCUUGUGGCAGAUGUCAAAUUCUAAUAUGAUCCUAGCCAUACCUCCAGUUUGUCACUUUAAAAGAAUCAAGAAAAUGUCCUGGCAUGACUGAUUGCAUUGCCUUGAUCCUGUGAUCUUUCUUCCCUCUGGAGGUCCACAAAAGGAGCAGAAGCUUGUCAGUGACUCUGCAGGCUGUAAGUAAAAAUAAAGGGUGAUUUCUUCAGUUUGAAGGUGGAGGACAUUUCAGAAAGAGUAACAUGGUUAUUUUAAUUGUCAGAAAAGUAGUCAAUUGUCAGCAGUUUGAAGAUCUGUUAUCUACUGUAGCAUGGCACAGAUCUGAAAUACUGCAAAAGCAAGUAUUUCCACAGGUAUAGGAUAGCUUAUUCUGCAAAUGGAACUUGAAUCCCUAAUGAUUAUUCCUAACUUAAAGAGAAGAGAAAGUCAACACAGAGGCCAAUUGUUAGCUUGUUAGCAUGCUUGUGUUGUUAGCGCUAUCAUGAAAAAAAGCAGAAUUUUAAGAGAAAAUACCAAAUUGUGUAAUAUUUAUGGAGUUAUAAAAUAGUUGUAGUGAAACCAUCAGACUUCUGAUUUGGAUUUGAAUAUAACCUUCAUUAUGUAAUUUGAAAUUUUAUAAAGCGGAGAUUAUAGUUCUCAGUCAGAAGAUUAGCAUGGCCCCUGCGCAAGGAUGACAUGCAAAUUUGUGAAGCAUUCCUUAUUUUUUUUGACUGUUGGACUAGAUGAUCCUAGAGGUCUUUUUCAACCGUAAUAAUUCUAUGAAAGAUCAGUAAGCAGGAGACUAAACCUAUUUCCUGGAGGAAUCAGUGGUUCUGAGAGAGAUUUUAAAGCUUUUAUUUAGCAGUAUCAGUAAAAUCUUAGAAUAAUUAUAAGCAUGACAUUAUCAGGCCACAAUUCUUCAAAUUUAUAGUCUGCUUUGUAUUUUCUGGUUGUAAGAGUUAUAAAAAUGCAAAUGGUGUUAAUACAGCUCUGGAGAUGCUAUGUUGAAAGGCUCCUUUAAAAAAUCUAAAGGAAAUACCAUGGAGAAAGACACAGAAUAGAUGCAGAAAGAAAAAUGAACUUUAGAAGUAGAAGCCAGUAAAUAAUAAAGUCACGAAAUCUGCAGGAAGAGGAAUCUGGAGGUGGCUACUUCAAAGUGGAAGCUUGGCAGAAAUAUUUGGGAAGAGUGUCUAGUGUUACACUUGAAAGUGAGUAGACUGGAUUGCUCUGAUAGCUUUGGUGAUUGCGUGACAAAGUACUGCUUACAGACCGCAGAUUGUGGGCUACAGAAACCCUGGUCCAUCUUUAGGACCAAACAGAGGCCGAACAGGAAAACAGUAGUUGCUCGGAGAGGACAUAUGGCUGGGUUUGGAUGGUUUUUUGCAUCAGCUUUGACUUGUGUGAGCAGUGCUGUGAAUUAAAAGUUCUUGUGUUGGUAAGUACCUCCAGAGCUGGCUAGGUUAGUGAAAAAGGCUGCCAUCCUUUGUGUGGCUUCGAUGUGCUGGAGUUGUCCCAGUCACUUCUGUGCGUUGAAAAAACUGAAGAGGACAGCAAGAAGAUGAAAAAGACUGUAAGGGACAGAGAACCACUUGUAAUGAAGUAGAGCUAAUGAGAUUAGGCACUGAAUAUUGAGGGACAAUGCCUACUAAGAAGUAAUCCCCCAGGCUGGCCACAAGCCUUCACUUGUAGCUGGGACAUUUUGGACUGGCAAGUGAAGGAAGUAAGAAAAAGUCAUUCCUCUGUAGACACAUCAUGUGCUACAUAAACUGUCUCUUUCUGAAGAUGCUGCAGAAGCAAUGACAGGUUAUGCUGAGUGAAUUCACCCUCACAUCUCUCUUGUCUUCUGAAGUGCUGCCUCAACAGGUAGCUUUAAAAUAUAUUGAUUAAUUUUGAGGAGUUCUCCAAGGAAAAAAAAAUGACAGUUUUUUUUAGAGCAAGAUGAGAAUUUCUAGUCAGGAUAGGACACUGUCAGAUGGACUUGUUACAUCCUUGAAAGAGAAUAUGCUGUCUUGAGUUUACAAGACCUCUCAAAAGUACUGUUGACUCAAAGAGAAACCUACAAUGUCAUUUCUGUUUGUGCAACAGGAUACUUGAAGUGCUACUAAAUAGUGUCUGAACUAAGUAAUAGCCAGGUGAGAAUAAAGGAGUAGACUAUAUUCAUUUAUGCACAGUAGAAUAGAUACAUGCUUAUGUAGCUUGACCUUUUAAUUUUUUAUAGACUAAGUACAGUAAUCUUCAUAUUAUUAAUCCUGAACUCUGUAACUUUAUGCACGCAAGCAGUGCCAGGAAGCUUAACAGAUAGUGAUUACUCGAAAUAUGCUCUCAGUGUUUUCUUUGAAUGUGUUGAAUGUGUUAGAUUUUAAAAUUUUUAUUCCAUUUGAUUUAUGUCUCUAUGUUUCUAUUUGUUUUUCAACUGUGGUUAGUAUUUUGGGUUGGUGAACGAGAAGGAGGAAAAGAGGGAUACUCAAGCUGCAGGUCUUGUAGCAGAAAGAUUUUUUGCAAUAAGUCUUGAAUUUAGUUAUGAAUAUUCUUCCUCACCUAUUUAACCUGAAUUUUCCUGUCACAAGAACUGUUCUUAAGAGUAAUUUUGACCAGUGCAAUACUAAGGAGAAGAAAAUGGGGAGAGAAACAGUUUGCAUGCUUUGAUUUCAGUCUGGUGAAGCUAUUUUGCAGUUUGUAAUAUCACAGUGAGUGCAAUGCAAAAAUGAGAAUGAGCAGUUAGUGCUGUGCCGUGCUGCACAGGGGUACUUGUGUUACCUGGGGAAGGUGAAAGCACCGUAGCUGUGUUAGUAAAGCAUUCCACCUGUCCAGUUGCACUGGCCAAGAAAGAGCGCAUCAGCAAGGACGGAGAAAGAAGCCAACCUCUCCAAUUCUCUUCCAAACUUACAUUCGCUUCCACAGACUUGUGAUGUGCUCUUUGGGCUGCUCAGUGGCUCCUACUCAGCUUAUUUUACCAAGAAUACCUAUAAUUUUCUUGUGAUUCACGCCUGUAUUUGCAUGCAAUGAAUAGAACUUGCCAGGGUUGUGUGGCAGUGAUGCUGUUGUAGCCUCAAGCACUUUGAUGAAACAUAAACGCUUAAAGUCUUUCGUGGUGCUUAGAGCUCGAAAGCUCAGACAGAGUCGUCAUGACCCUGAUUGUCUUUUAGUAUAUAACCACAUGCAGUAUUGGACAGGCACCUUUCAUUUUAUGUUGGUGUGGGUUUUUAACUGUUGUACUCACAGACAGCAGGAAUGCCUGAGACGUUUUCAUUGCUGCGUAAAAUUUGUUCCCGUAUCUGUGUUGAGAUUGGUGCCCUGAAGGACUUGACUCAGAAGUGUUUAAACUUGUCUGAAUUAUGCCUAGAUUUAGAUAUUGUUAAAGGCUGUUUUGUUGCUGUUUCCAAGUAUUGGCGUGUAACCUUCCUGUUAAUUUGAAAACUUGCUCUGGCAAAGAUGUUUUCCCUGUGAAUUUGCACAACUCUAAGUAGAGACGGCCUUACUAAACUGCUCUGAAAAAUACCUGAUAUGUUCUCUGGGGAUUUUUUAAUGGUAAUAUGUUACCUGCUUUUUAACUUUCUUCUUCUUUAUUCUUUUAUUUGCAGUGAUGUGGUUGCAUGACCUGCAGCAUUAUUAUAACAGGGACUGUUCAGUGCAUGAGUUGCUUUUCUGUCCAGACUGCAUAACCAAAACUUAACCAGUUCUACACUUAAGACUCAUGGCCAUCUGAUUUCAAAGGGAGAUCUACUUACAGAGAAGCUUACCAUCCUGGGGAGUGGCUUUCCCAUUUCCCGCUUCCAUUUACUCUUUCUCUUCACAAAAAGUCUCCUAUGAGGCUAUGAAAGAGGAAAUCCAGUACUCAGAACUCGACAGGAGGCGUUCUGCAAACUGACAGAGCACUGUCAGCUCUCCGUUUUACUUCCACCUGUCCACUUUAUUUAAUUCUGAUUAACAGUAUUAACACACAGACUUCCUGCAACAUUUUCAUAUACUGAACUAUAAAAAUCUAGUCUUAACAAUUUCCUAAGAAUGCCUUUUGGUUACUGUUAAAAUUUCAAAGCACCUGCACCCUUAAAGGAUCCUUAAAGGAUGAAUCUUUAAAUAAUUAAAGUAAAGCAAAGGUGGUGUUUUACCAGGAGAAAUGACUAAUGAAUUGCUGCUUGGCCAUCUCAUCUUCCUUAGAAAACCAGGCAAGGUUCAUCUGAUAAUCUCCGAGCCAGGCAAACUACCGGGCGGUAUUUUAUUCACAGGCACUGCCUGCUUCCUUACUAUGUAUAUACGCAGUAGUUUGUGGCUGUUGUAUUUUCCUCUCUGCAUUCUAGCUGUGUUGUCGGUUUCUUUUAGAAACUUCUUUUUUCAAUCUGUGUACAAUUGUUAAAACAAUCUGGGGAAAGAACGUGAGUGGAGAUAAGUAUGAAAGCUGUCUACACUUUCAGUAUUAUGCAGACUGUCCUUGCCAGUUUAUAAUUUGGGUCGUUUAUCUUUUACCUGUACUGUUUUUCUCUCUUUCCACUUUAUCGCAGUCUUAGCUAUUUAAUUUCCAAUUGCACUAGCUUGGCUCUUUCUUUGUAUUAUGAAGUUUAGCUCUAAGAUUUGCCAUAUGUAGACAGUGUAACUCAAAAAAAUGCUUUGUACCGCCUAUAUUAAUUUAAAAAGCUGCUUAUUUAAUAUUCUUAAAUAUCUGCACAUUUGUACUGCUGUAUCUUUGUUUUGUAUUGGACAUCCAGUACUGGCAAGAUUCAGAAGACGAGUGAGUGCUGUAGUGUUGUAAGUUAAGAGGUUUAUUGUAGAGGAGUUAGUAUGUUACAAAUGGGGAAGGGGGCUUUUAAGCCAUAGGACUUGCCGGAAAAUCUGAAGAGCGCCUGAAUGAUGAGUACUGUAAGAGGUUUGCUUUAAGUCCAGUUCUAAAGAAACCCCAUUCUUGCUCACUUUGAUCUUAAUACUGCGAAAAUAUAAACAUGUAUGUACUCUGCUUGCUCUAAGAAUGGUUUUGCUUUUUCAGUAGUAGCAUAACCACCAGCCCUGUUUUCCAUGUGAGCACCCCCAUGCUGGAGAAAUGUUGUGUCCACCAGUCUCUGCAGUCACUUCUGGUCACCAAACACAGUGCGUGCCUUGACCCUGGCCCGCCAGGUGGGGCUCCGGGCAGAGCUGCACCUCGUGCGCCGAGACACCCGCGUGUCUUCAGUCCUCAGGGAUCCUGAUACCCUCUGUGUCAGUAGCCUUGUGCAGAACGACUUGGAGAAAAGACAGGUCGUGCCUCCACCUCUGUUUCCACAGGGGGGUCUGUGCCACCCACAAAGGGAAGGGCAGAUAGGAAUGGGCUCCAAGCAGACCAUGCAGGAGAGGGAAGGGAAAGCAUUAAGAUCCUGGUGAGAAGUGUGUGGAGUGUUCCCUUCUGGAUAUCGUACCCGACAGGGGAGCCUGUGGCUGCCAGGUGCUCUGGCGGUCAGCAGUCGGGGAAGACUGCUGGAGGGGGUAUGUCUUUCCUGGUCUGAAAGGAGCUGGGACAGUGAAGUCUGAUGUGACCUGCAGGCAGGAUCUGGGGUUUGGUGGUGACAUGUCAGGUGUUCCUGCAGCAGAGGCAGCAGCACUUUCAUCAGACUGAGUCCAGCAGGGAGCUAAAGGAUUUGUUUCUUUCUGGGUCUGAGCCAUUGAUCCUUUGUUAUGUGUCAGGGCAAGUGUUGUUAGAAAAACUUAUUUUUGUUGGGUGUUAAAGGCAUGGUUUGUUUCUCAUUUAAAAAUGCUGCUCUGGCUGGGACCACGCCCUGCCCCAAGCCAGGCUGGGUGCAGGAUCCCUGAAAUCAGGGGCUCUGUGAGGGGUGGGAGGGGAUGGCUAUGUUUUCAUGCACCCACCUGCACAGGUGUCCUGAGGUGAAGCCGAGCAGUACCUCGUUUCUCCAAGUGGUCUGUGCAAGUUAGAGACUAAGUAUCAGUUGUUCUUGAGCCUGAAGACAUUUAUAUGUAAGUGUGUUUAGCUUGACAAAAAUUGUUUUUAGUUUACUAAUGCAACAAAGAGAUGUCAGGUGGAGCUAGUGACUUUCAGCCAGCGAGCUGGCUACUUUAAUUAGAUAAGCCUAGCAUCUCUGUCAUGAAGUGAUUGCGAGCUCACAACUUAAAGGGGAUCUCCAGCAUGUUUCUGAUGUACUAACUUCAUUUGUGCUGCAUAGGAAACUCUUUUACUUUCUUAAUAGCAGCUUGUUUGACAGUCCUGAAUUAAGUGUUGACCAAUUAUCAAAGUUAACUGUUUGUGAAGUUGCCAGUGAUAUAUUUUCUGUAAAAGAAUGGAUUCCUAGAGUGUCAAAACAUUCAUUUCCCAUUCAGUUCAUCUACAAAUUGUGUAACUACCAGAUUGUCAUGGUAGCAGUAUUAAUAUACAUAUUUGUAUAUAGACAAAGAAUACUCAGUAAUGAACAUUGGAAUCAAAUGGUUUAAUAUUUUUUCCCACUCAAAUACACUAAUGCUUCCAAGGUGACAGAAGAGUGUACAGUUGUUAAACAAGUUGUAAAUAAACGCUUAUAUAAAAUAUAAA